AAAAGAAUCCAAUGUAAGGUUAUGUUCAAUUCUCAAGUUUUAAUAUCCAAAAUUUAGCCAAUAAACUUAAAAAUCUUCAAAGAUUCCCAUCAUAGCAUUGGAAGAAAGCUUAAUGCCCUUUCUCGGCAUCCCACAAAAUUAAUCUACUCGGAGUUGAAACGAAGAAGAUAGAGAUAAGGUGAUAUUGUUGUGUGUGUUCACUUCUUGCAAAAGUUGUAACAAGUGUUUGUUUUGUGUGUUUCUUGAUUUUUGGGAGUCCCUUUUUGUGUUUGUUUUUUGUUGUUGUAUAAAAAGCUGGAGCAGGGAAGAGGUGGUGGAGAAAAGGAUGAUGAAGUUGUCAAGAGAAUCAUCGGACGGUGGAGGUUGUUUCGAUCAUUGAAACAGAUGCCGUUCAAAGUUGUGACUGAUUCAAAUGGCCUCCAAAGGGUGACCCUCUCUCACCAACCUCAUGGUCAUCUGUUGAGAUACUCUUACAUGGUGGAAGGAUCGUGUCGUGGUAGAAUGAUCGUUGACGAGGAGCUUCUGUUUGUUAGGAACAAGAGUGGUGGAGGAUCAAUAUUUGGUGGGAUUUCCAUUUGCUUUCCUAAGAUUAGUAGUUUUGAGCAGCAUGAUCACAUCCGAAACAGAUCAUGGUCAAUAGAAUAUGGUGUUGGGGUUUGGAGCCCCUUGCACAGCGGAAGACUUGUACAAAACAAAUAAAUCAGACGUAGGAUCUAUUUGACCGA